AUGCACCUUAGCGACAACCUUUGGAACAACGUCCGUUUGUAUAGCUACGAGCACCAGCAGGGGCUCUAUGCCGCCUUCCGACUUUGGUCGGAUGAUCCGGCUGUAGAAGGCCUCAACACCCGCCGGAAUGAAUCUUACACUCGGGAGGAGUUUGAUCGCCUGCAGUACACCUGCGCUUCUCGUGGAGUGACAAUUCUUCCUGAGAUUGAAGCGCCAGGGCAUGCUUUGGUCAUCUCUCAAUGGAAGCCUGAGAUUGCUCUUCCUACUGACAUGAGUCUGCUCAACAUAUCACACCCGGAUACAAUACCGACGGUCAAGGCGAUCUGGGAGGUCUUUCUGCCAUGGUUCCACACAAAGGUUGUUCACAUGGGAGCUGACGAAUAUCGGCACCCAACACUGUCCGACGAGUUUCUGGCCUCCGAAUACACCCGCUUCGUCCAGGAGAUCAACGACUUCAUCGUUGCGAAGUCUGGCCAGCAAACCAGGAUUUGGGGAACUUUCCCUCCCCGCCAAGGUGGCAACACAGAUAAAGAGGUCUCGAUCCAGCACUGGGCACCCUGGGAAGCCAACCCACGCUGGGACUUCCUUCAAAAUGGCUACAAGAUUCUCAACUCCGGCGACCGAGCCUACAUAGUGGGUAAGUGGUCGGAGCCGUACCCUCAAGAGCUCAACCUUGAUUUCAUCUUCGGCGGCAAUCCCGAGGGUGGCCCGUUCUAUCCGAACAUCUUCGAUAACAAUAAUGCGACCAACAAUGCUCCUCUUGACGAUCCAAAUAUUCUAGGCCACAUUGCUGCCCAAUGGAACGACUUCGGACCGAACGCGACAACAGUCCUCGAGGCCUACUACCAAUGGAAAGACGGCAUUGCAGCAGUAGCAAAUCAGCAGUGGGGCAGCAGGCUCUCUCGCGAAGACUAUGCCGACUUGUAUACUGUCCUCCAGCCCCACGCUCCUGGACAGAACCUUGAUCGGCGUAUUCCCUCAGUCGGCCCUACCAUUCUGGAUUACGACUUUGUCAAAGGUCGUCGCUGCAACGGCAAGUACAAAGAUGCGUCUGGAAACAACUACCAUGCGGAUUCGACAUGUUUCAAUUCAGGCGAAGGAAUCAUUCUACAGCCUGGGUGCGAAGUGACUACGCCCCUCGACUCUAAAGGCCGAAACUAUACUCUGAGCUUCAGAAUCAAACCAACCAGUGACGCCAAAGGACCUAUUCUGAGAGGCAGAGAUAGCGAACUAUGGUUCGGGAAUGGCACCUCGAACGCUGUGAUGCUAUUCUCGGGAGAGAGUGCGUAUGCCUUGAACUAUACGUUCCCUAUCGGCGAGUGGACAGAGGCAAGUCUCGCAGGGAAAGGCAAAAGUACGUAUCUCGAUGUAGGUGAGGGGCCGAUGGAGUUUCUGACAAUACUUGGCUGGGAGGGGGACAAGAAUGUGUGGACGUAUAUUGGCAUUGAGGCGCCUCUGAAAACUAUUGGCGGUGGAAGUUUUGAAGGUGUAAUUGGCAAGAUGAAACUCGUCGAUGGUGCCUAG